UUUAUAGAUCGCAUCGUCUACUUCCCCAUGUCUGAAGUGAAAUUCAAUCUUCCAUUCAACGAGAAAUCUCAAAGUAUAUUUUCCAAAAUACCAAUUGGUCGCUUUCAAGUACUACCCGUUGGCAAUGAAAAAACUUUAGAGUAUCUGUAUGUUUUGGAAAAUAAUGAGCUCUUGCGCAUCAAUGGCAGCAGUGGUGAGGUUUUUAUGACGAAUGAUUAUCAAACAGCACACAAAAAGACGAAACUCUUCUUAACUGCCAUUGCGCGUAACCCGCGCAGGUCGCUUAAUAACAUUCCACAAAUGACAUUGGAAGUGACGCCACAGGCAGAAGCCGAAUAUUGCAGCCAUUUGGAGAAUGUCUGCUUUUGGGCAGCAGCAAAAUACACGAUUGUCGAGAAUGCGACCACGAACGUUUUCUCCAAAGCAGGCGGUAUGGAUGCCUUUGAGCCGGUACGCGUGGGUACUUUAAAUCCUCGUGCCACACGCUAUCUCUGCCCCACUAUGGAUGUGAAAUAUACGCUAAAAAGUGGUGGCAAAUACUUUACUUUGAAAAAUAAUGAACUCUAUACUAAAAUGCCACUGGAUUAUGAGUAUUUCAACACAACGAAUUUCGCGGUCACUGUCGGUUGUACGGUCAAAAUGAGUGAGGAGAGAGAGGUUACUUUCAAUAAAACGCUGCAUGUAGCAUUGUUGGAUCGCAACGACAACGGACCGGAGUUGCAACAAAAUGAGAAGGAGUAUAAUUUCGUGCUGGAUAAUCCACACUUUAAGCAGGGUGAACCUGUUGGAAACAAGAUUAUAUUCACUGACGAAGAUUCCCUGAAGGUGAAUGGAUAUUUAACUUAUCAAAUUCUGAAUGACACCAGUGAGUUGGUGCGUCCCGAUUGCACCGCCUACGAGGCCGAUCAUACAGGAAAACGAAACUCCAUUUUUAGUUGCCAAAUCAUAUUUGCUCGCAAUGGCAUACUGAGUCAACCAUCCUACUGCUUCAUUUUGGUCGCGAGUGAUAAUACAAUCCUUUCGAAUAUAACAAAAACAGCAACAGCGAAUAUUUGCAUACGAACCGAUCCUGGCAAAAUACACGAAGCGGAUCGACCGCGCGUCAUGGAGCUGCGUCAACAUCGUGGUAUGGGCCGGCGUUUAACCAACUCGGCUGAGUCGAUAUUGGAUAGCGACGAUAGGGGUUUCUUAACACCUAGCAUCCUAAGCACCUAUCCAAAGGAUGUCUUCAUCCAUCGCACUGCUAUGUCCUAUAGUCGUGUGGCACAGCCAGAGAACUUUCAAAGUUUAAUAGAAAUGUCGGGAGUGCAUUUCACAAUCGUUGAAGAUCGUAGUGGCGCUUUUGGUAUAACACCGACGGCUGGUAUUGUCUAUGUGAAAGACAAGUCGGCGUUGGAGCUUUCACCGGAAACAGUAUACUUUCUCAACAUAACCUGGCACGAUGCCUAUCCACGUUCAUUCGUCGUAAAUGUGCAUCUCGUCGAUGGCCAUGCCAACAAUGCCACUUGUGAACAGAAGAUCAAGUCUCGCAGCCAAACUUGCGCGCAAAUAAAAUAUCAGAAGCAAUGUACGAAAUUCUGUGGCCUCGGCACCAAUGGCGGCGGAUGCAAGUGGCGUGGUUCCAAUGCAGGUUUCUUCGGUCGUAAUUACGCUUCCUGUGUAUCCGAUGACACACAUUGUCCGGACAACAUUUGCGAUCCAUUGGAAGAACUGAACAUCUUCAUCUGUCCACAGGACUGCGUUGCAGCAGCCAAAAUUAUGGGUCCACACACAUCGAACAAUAAUAAACGUGGCGUUUACUCUGCCUCCGGUACUUGCACAUGUGAAGACAAUGGAAAAUGUUUGUGUGCACCGCUCGAUGAUGAGGAACCACGUCCGAAACGCAAGCGCAAGAAUGAAACUAAGCCAACUGAUGCUAAUAAAUUGGCGAAGUUCGGUGGUUUGGAGGCUGCACUGCCUACUCAUAAUAAUUUAAAUAAUGAGAUGAUUGAACGCGAUGCUAUGAGCAUUCACGUGGCUGGCUUCACGUGCGGCAAGUCGUGCAUCCUAUUAGCCAUCACAUGCCCGCUUGUCCUCAUCGUACUGAUUAUAUGUUUGCUUGCGUCACAACGCAAUCUUAAGCGACGUACACGCGGUAAGGAAGCGUUAUCACAAAAACCAUCUCUGAAUGGCGUUUGUGAUGCUCGUAACGGCGAUGUACCACUAAUGCAAAUUGAAAGCGGCUCGGUGAAAUUCGAUACAGAUGACUCGAAAUGGGAGUUCGAUCGGGAACUGCUGCGACUGGAUGUGGUGCUUGGGGAAGGUGAAUUCGGUAAGGUGGUCAAGGGUUAUGCGACCAACAUUGCGGAUAUACCGGGUGUUACUACAGUGGCGGUAAAGAUGCUGAAGAGUGGCGCCAAUUCCGUGGAGUAUAUGGCACUUCUGUCCGAAUUUCAAUUGUUGCAAGAGGUUUCACAUCCGAAUGUCAUUAAGUUACUGGGCGCUUGCACGAAAGGCGAUACGCCAAUGAUUAUUAUUGAGUACGCUAAAUAUGGGUCGCUACGCAGUUAUUUACGCUUGAGUCGGAAAAUCGAGUGUUCAGGAGUGGAUUUUACCGACGGUAUAGAGCCAAUAACAGUGAAGAAUAUUUUAUCGUUUGCAUGGCAAAUUUGCAAAGGAAUGGCAUACUUGACGGAAAUUAAGUUGGUUCACCGCGAUUUGGCUGCGCGCAAUGUUUUACUCGCCGACGGGAAAAUCUGCAAAGUAUCCGAUUUCGGACUCACACGCGACGUGUACGAAGACGAUGCCUAUUUGAAGCGUUCACGUGAUAGGGUGCCGGUGAAGUGGAUGGCUCCUGAGUCUCUGGCCGAUCAUGUCUACACCACCAAAUCGGAUGUGUGGGCCUUUGGAGUGCUCUGUUGGGAACUAAUUACUUUGGGUGCCUCGCCUUACCCUGGCAUACUACCGCAGGAUCUCUAUAAUUUAUUGAAAACUGGUUAUCGCAUGGAAAGACCAGACAAUUGUUCGGAAGAAAUUUACUCCGUUGUGCGCACUUGCUGGGCAUAUGAUCCGAACUCGCGUCCCUCCUUUAAAUAUCUCGCUUCACAAUUCGAAAAGCUACUCGGCAAUAACGCCAAAUAUAUAGAAAUGGAGUCGAGCGCUAUUUCCAAUCCAAUGUAUUGUUUGGAUGAAGCGAAAUUGGCCAACACUUCGCAGCCGGACUUAAACGUUUGCUUGGAGCAGCAGUGGGGCGAGCCAGAUUCGUUAGAUCAUCUCUGGCAACCACCAAAAAUGUGCUACGACACACAAGAAUGUCCGAGUAGCCGUGAAUUCUCCGCCACAUUUAGCAUGGAAUUUCAACAGCCACCACCUGGUUACGACAUACCGCGUCCACUCACUGAAAAUGCUGCCACGGAGCAGGUAUUACGUUAUGCGAACGAUUUACGCUUUCCGCUAAAUACACGUAAGUCGGUAUGCGCCGCUAGCACCACGUCGAAUAGUCAAAAUGGCAGCAAAGGUGGCGGUGAUGGUGGAGGCGAUGAUACAAUGGCGGCACACUACUCGUUGCCAGUAAAACGUGGACGCUCGUAUUUGGAUAUGACGAAUAAGACCUGCAUACCCGAUAAUUUGGAUAGUGUUGAUUUUGAAAAACAUCUUUCGAAGACAAUCUCAUUUCGGUUUUCUAGUCUACUGAAUUUAAAGGAACAAGACCUAGGCGCUGUUUAAAGCAUUAAGACCAAAAGGGGUGGUGUUUAUUUAA